GUGGCGGCGGAUGCCAAGUGACACUCAAGCCCAGAGUCCAUGCUUGAGAAGUUCUUUGUAUUCCUUUGUGGAAUGAGGCCGUGCGCCAUCUAACCAACAUUUCUUUCGUUUGCCCUCGGGUGACUCUUAACUCAGCAGUUGAGUGGCCCCAGGGAAGUCACUAAAAAAGGUCUGAGGCUUGAUCACACCAAGUGGGGGCUCGCUAGACUCCCUGCUCGCAGCCCACCCGUGAGCCAAGUGCAGGCGCUUGGGGCCCGCCUGUAGAGGUGGCACUUUUUUUUAGACAGGCAGCGCCUUGGCCACCCGGCCAGGCUGGGUCGCCUAGCAACGGCGGGGUCCUUCCUGGCUCGGCGGCGCUUUGGGCCUGAGGGGAGAAAAAUCGCCGCGGAGGGCGCUGGGGAACCACUGGCGGCGGGCGCGGGAGGCGGCAAUCGGCCGGCGACGCGGGAUUGGCGCGCCCGGGGAUCCGGCCGCCGCAUCUAACGGGAGAUGAACACGCCCGACAAGAAGCGGGUGCGGCCCGCGGCCGACGGGCCUGCGCCGCCCGAGGAGGAGGAGGAGGGCGAGGCGGGCGGGAGGGAGCCGGCGACAGACGCGACCCCCGGGCCCAGCGACGCGUUCCGCCUCCUGGCGACUCGGCGGGAGCCGGCCGUGAAGCUGCAGCACGCCGUGAGCGGCCUGGAGCCGCUGGCCUGGUCCGAAGACCACCGCGUGUCCGUGUCCACGGCGCGCAGCAUCGCCGUCCUGGAGCUCAUCUGCGACGUGCACAACCCGGGCCAGGACCUGGUUAUCCACCGCACCUCCGUGCCCGCCCCUCUCAGCAGCUGCCUCCUCAAGGUUGGCUCAAAAGCAGAAGUUGCUCAGUGUAAACAGAAAUUUGCCAGCUCCCCAGACCCCGCCAUCAGCCAGACCUUCAUGUUGGACAGGGCGUUCAACCCUGAGGGGAAGGCUUUGCCCCCACUGAGAGGGUUCAAGUACACCACCUGGUCCCCCAUGGGCUGCGAUGCUAAUGGCAGGUGCCUCUUGGCAGCUCUGACCCUGGACAAUCGCCUGACCAUCCAGGCUAACCUCAACAGGCUGCAGUGGGUCCAGCUGGUCGACCUGACUGAGAUUUACGGAGACCGUCUCUUUGAGACCAGCUACCGGUUCUCUAAAACCGAGGCCCCCGGAGGGAACCUGGCGGACUUUGCUGAGUUCCAGAGGAGACACAGCAUGCAGACGCCGGUGCGGAUGGAGUGGUCGGGCAUCUGCACCACGCAGCAGGUCACGCACAACAACGAGUGCCGGGACGUGGGCAGCGUGCUCCUGGCCGUCCUCUUUGAAAACGGCAACAUCGCCGUGUGGCAGUUCCAGCUGCCUUUCGUGGGGAAGGAGUCCAUCUCUUCCUGCAACACAAUCGAGUCGGGAAUCAGCUCUCCAAGUGUCUUGUUUUGGUGGGAAUAUGAGCACAAUAAUCGGAAAAUGAGUGGCCUUAUUGUGGGGAGUGCCUUCGGACCCGUAAAGAUCCUCCCUGUCAAUCUCAAAGCCAUUAAAGGCUAUUUCACGCUAAGGCAGCCCAUUGUCCUGUGGAAAGAAAUGGACCAGUUGCCCGUGCACAGCAUCAAGUGUGUCCCGCUCUACCACCCCUACCAGAAGUGUAACUGCAGCUUGGUGGUGGCUGCCAGAGGACCCUAUGUGUUCUGGUGUCUCCUGCUGAUCUCCAAGGCAGGUCUGAAUGUCCACAAUUCCCACGUCACGGGCCUUCACUCAAUGCCCAUCGUUUCCAUGACGGCAGACAAGCAGAACGGGACAGUAUACACUUGCUCCAGCGACGGCAAGGUGAGGCAGCUGAUUCCCAUCUUCACCGAUGUCGCCUUGAAGUUUGAACACCAGCUGAUUAAGCUGUCAGAGGUGUUUGGCUCCGUGAGGACACACGGGAUAGCGGUGAGCCCCUGCGGUGCGUACCUGGCCAUCAUUACAACCGAGGGCAUGGCCAAUGGCCUCCAUCCCGUUAACAAGAACUACCAGGUCCAGUUUGUUGCUCUCAAAACUUUUGAAGAGGCAGCUGCUCAGCUCUUGGAAUCUUCGGUUCAGAACCUUUUUAAACAGGUAGACUUACUAGACCUCGUGCGCUGGAAGAUUCUGAAAGAUAAAUACAUCCCUCCGUUUUUACAAGAAGCUUUGGAAAAAAAGAUCGAAAGCAGCGGGGCCACCUACUUUUGGCGUUUCAAGCUUUUUCUCCUGAGGAUUUUGUAUCAGUCGAUGCAGAAAACCCCUUCCGAAGCCUUGUGGCAGCCCACCAAGGAGGACUCGAAAGUCUUGCUAGUCGACUCCCCUGGGAUGGGCCCCAUGGAGGACGAGCAGGAAGAAGGCACGUCCUCCAGACAGGCGAGUAAGCAAGGCCUUCAGGAGAAGAGCAAAGAGGGGGACCCGGACGACCCCGCCGAUGACUCCCUCACCCAGGCGGGAGAUGUCGGAGGCCAUGAGCCGAUGGAGGAGAAACUGCUGGAAAUCCAGGGGAAGAUCGAAGCUGUGGAAAUGCACUUGAGCAGGGAGCACAUGAAGCGGGUCUUGGGAGAAGUGUACCUGCACACCUGGAUCACGGAGAACACCAGCGUCCCCACCAGGGGGCUCUGCGACUUCCUCAUGUCUGACGAGGAGUAUGACGACCGGACAGCGCGGGUGCUGAUUGGCCACAUCUCAAAGAAGAUGAACAAGCAGACCUUCCCUGAGCACUGCAGUCUGUGUAAGGAGAUCUUGCCUUUCACGGAUCGCAAGCAGGCGGUCUGCUCCAACGGCCACAUUUGGCUCCGGUGCUUUUUAACCUACCAGUCCUGCCAGAGCCUGAUCUACAGAAGGUGUUUGCUCCACGAUAGUAUUGCCCGCCACCCGGCUCCGGAAGACCCCGACUGGAUCAAGAGGCUGCUGCAAAGCCCCUGCCCUUUCUGUGACUCUCCUGUCUUCUGACCGGCAGCGGUGGCGUGGACUGUGAUCUGCGGGAUAGUCCGGCCGGAGAGGGGGCGCUGGACCUGGCCAGCGCGGGGAGAGGCGCUCCUCGUGGCUGGAAAGGGGCCGAGUGGUUCCGAGCGCACCCUCCGUCUCCGCGGCGAGAGGCGUCUGUAAGUGACGGGGCGCCGAGCCCAGCACUGAGGUGAACGUCAGCCCCACUCCGUGCCCAGCGAGGAGCACUUGCUUUUAAAGCGUCUUCACUGAAGCAGUUUGAACAAACACCCUGUCAUUUCUAGGAGCAGAGAUUUCUAGAGACUGGAGAAGGGCCUGUGGGCUCCGUGAGGACUUAAUGCUGGCCUGGGUCUAGAACAGCCUUGUGGCUCCAGAGAGCGGAGGUGGCCGGGCACAUGGUGGUCAGUGUCCAGCAGAUGCUCACAGUGUCUGAGCGUGGGGCCUGCUCUGUCCCCAACAAACAGCCGUGGAACCGGAUCCACUGGUUCUUGUCUGAAAACAUUUUCCUAAACUAUAUUUUAAAGAGGUUGAAGCCAAGACUAAAAUUGGGUUUCGUGUGUCCAAAGGCCAAGUGACUCUUGUAAAGGAAUAAUUGUGACUCACUUUUCAUGAUCUCCGUGUCAUCAGUUUCCUACCCCAACUCCUCAGUGUGUAAGGAUGUAGGCACUCCAGCUCAGGCGGCCACGCCUGCUUCGAACUGAACUGUGGUACCCCAGCGAGACAUCUGUGCAGAGAAAAGAAUGUUUUCUUUCAGUAUUAAAUCGUGGAGUGCUUUUAAUGUUGACAUUUGCAGAAGGUUCACAUCUGUCCGGCCAGAGUCUGCCUAGAGACUGCCAGACAGACGGCAGCACUUGCGCCUGCUGUUACAACACGGAGUCUCUCCGUGGGCAAAGAGAUGUUCAGUGUUCAUUGGUUUUAAAACCUAAAACAAAAAGUAGCCAUUCUGGGCUGAUAGCAUUGGGUUGUUACAGGCAGGUCCCAGGGACGGUGCUGAUCGGGACGGCUGGGACUGCCGCACCUGGCGUGGCACGGGGCGCAGUUCUGGGAAGUUGGACGGGAAGCACGAGGUGGAAUUCGGACUCAUCCUACCUGCCGUCUAGCUUGCCUUGACUACCACAGUUUCCUGCUUUUACUUUGUAUCCUUUAGUGAAGGACAUUUUGCCUCACUUGCUGUUUCUCAUUUUGGUGGUAACUUCAAGAGAAGCUCUAUCCAGCCUUUAGUGUCGGAUUUUCAAGAAAGAGGACCGUCAGCAUUAAAAUCAUGACUAGCACAGCGGCAGGUGUGUGGUUGCAGCCGCUUUAUGCCUGUAGCCGUGUCACUUCACCCAUAAAUGUGACAGUAACAGUUGGGAUCCUGUCAAGGAGUCAUUGCCGUUUUAAUCAUGGAAUGCUUCGUUCACUUCCGUUUUUGUUCCUACUCAGAGUCGGUAGCUGUGUUGUUGGAGAAUGUGGCGCUGCUGCCAUUUAAGAUGCUAAGUAUUUUUUUAAAGCACUUGUGCGUUUGGGGGAAACUGAAUUAUUGGGAGUUAACUGAAGAGGGCCUCCCUAAUGAAUUACUUGUGUGUCUAUAUAGGAAUAAUCAUGCCACUCUUCUACCAGAACAUGGCUUCUCCCCCUGGGGACUGAAGCGCAACCUGCUGCCUUCCAAAUGCCCGCCUCCCCUCCGUGGGGGUGAGCCCGCCAGCCUGGGAGCAUGAGGAGCUGAGGGGGCGGCAGCAUUUUUAAUCCUCACGUGACUGAGGAUAUGCUUUUUAUUGAUUUUUAGAGAAAGGGAGAGAGAGAGAAACAUUGGUCAGUUGCCUCGCGCACAUGCCCCACCGGGGGUUGAGCCUGCACCCUGGGUAUGAGCCCUGGCGGGGUGAAACGUGGAACGUUUGGGGUGCGGGACGACAGCCAGCCAGCUGAGCCACGCCGGCCAGGGCAGGAGGCCUAGACGGUUUAAAGGACAGGCGUCUCUGCCCUGCGUUCCUGUUAGAGACGGGGCAGCACACACAGAGAGACAGGCGGUGAGUCUCUAUAGCGGGCCCGCUCCGACAGCCUCGAGCCUCUGCCGGCGCGGCCAUUCACCAUGACCGUGUCUGUCAUGCUUUGGCCGCCUUCUGCGCGCUGCAGGGUCAGCAAGGCAGUGACCUGCAGAGUGUCCAGAGUCCCCUGUCCUCAGGGUCUCAGCCCCACGCGUGGUUUUCAGGUUAGUUUUUAGUGAAGUGUCCGCCUGCAGCUUUAACCAGGGUUUUAGAUUGUGUCUCAAGUCUCAGAGUUUUAAACUUCAUCUGUUUCUUGAAUCUAAAAGGGGCUUUUGGAGUUAGGAACUUCACGUCUGCCGACAUGAUCUCUGCUAUUCACACUGACUCUAGAGCACAUGAAAUGUGACUUUUCUCUAAUGAAGUCAGAUUUGCACGUGUGGAGUGGCUUCCUGUGAUCUCAGUACCGCAGCCUCGUGCCCGCUGCAACUGCCGGGUGUGCGGGGCCUGUGCUUGCUCCCCGGGCUCCACGCUCCGCGCUCCGUCAGUGGAGGACCGUCAGCUGAGCUGAGUCCGCACUGUCGGCUGGUCGAGGGCCUCCCACAUGCAGAUACAGCUUAAGGCAGGGCUGUUUCUGAAAACAUGGUGUGAAAUUAAUGAAUUUAACAGGGAGAUGGCUUACAGGUGUCCUGUGAAGAGCUUAAUCCUUUUGGUGUUUGAAUCUUUCUCCCCCAGUCUUUAUCUAGUUGGGUGGCUCAGUGUUUCGUAGCUUGCCUUUCUUUUGAGUGAUAACUGUACUCGUGGGGAGACGUCACACACCAUGAGGCCCUGGGAGUGCGUUUGGCGAUAGCAGUACUGCGGGGGUGCCACACGGUGUCUGUCCGUUCAUUCCCGGCUCGGGGGGAGUUGAAAAGGGGCCGGUGGAACUCUCGUGCCGACACACCAGGGGUGUAGGCUGUCUGGUUGAAAUACUGUAAAUGGGUUGGGAGAGGUAAAUUUCAGAACUCUGAAUGUCAUGUGUGUUUAUGAGGUCAAAACUUGUUUAUUUCGCCAUCAUGACAUCCUGUUACUUGCACAGGAAGAUCCUGUAAAGUGACCCAUUAGAGGACGAAAGAGGCUGUGGCGGCCUUGAGGCAUUUCCGACUUCAUCAUUUGUCACUUGGCUAACAGACUGGGUGGGUUCAGGGUGUUUCGUUUUGGUUUGGGUACGAGUUAGAAUUAAAUGCAAAAAUCAGUUAAGUCUUUUCAAGACUGACUCAGAUUUGUACUUUAAUGUAUGAAAGGAAAGGGAAUAAUCAAAUUUGUUUAUACAAAAAUAACUGUACAAAAAAGGAAGUCUGUGUUGUGUGUACUGAUAUGUAGUUUAUGUUUACCCAGUGCCCAUGCUAUAAUCUUGGUGUUCCGCUUUGAAUUUUUGUAUGUUUACAUAUGACAUUUUUUGAAAUAAAAAGAACAGGCAUUUAAGAACUUAAGGUUAGCUCUAGCCGGUUUGGCUCAGUGCAUAGAGCGUUGGCCUGUGGACUGAAAGGUCGCAGGCUCGAUUCCGGUCACGGGCACAUGCCCGGGGUUGUGGGCUCGAUCCCCGGUAAGGGGCAUGCAGGAGGCAGCUGAUCCAUGAUUCUCUCUCAUCAUUGAUGUUUUUCUCUCUCCUCCCUUCCUCUCUGAAAUCAAUAAAAAAAAAUUUAAAAAAUAAAAA